UUUGAAAUGGAGUGCGACAGUCCUCAAAAACAGAUGCCUGCUCCUCGUAUCUUCGUGGAGAGAACCCUGGCUUUAAUCAAACCUGAUGCCAUCCACAAAACUGAUGAAAUUGAGGAUCUUAUUCUUCAAUCUGGCUUUACAAUUCUUCUGAAAAGAAGACUUCAGCUAAGUCCAGAGCAAUGCAGUGAUUUCUACGCUGAGCAUUAUGGGAAGCUGCAUUUUCCCCAUUUGACUGCCUUCAUGAGCUCUGGACCGGUUGUUGCUCUAGCACUGGCCCGACACCAGGCUAUUGCCACCUGGAAAGCCAUAAUGGGACCAGUCAGCAGCAUAAAAGCUAGAGAGACACAUCCUGACUGUCUGAGAGCGAGAUUUGGCACGUGUGACCUGAGAAACGCUGUGCACGGCAGUGAAUCCUUCUCUGCUGCGGAGAGGGAGAUCAGGUUCAUGUUUCCCAACUCUGUGAUUGAACCUAUUCCUAUGGGAGAUGCUGCCAAAGAUUACCUGAGCCGGUACGUCAACCCAACACUUCUCACCGGACUGACAGAGCUGAGCAAGAAAAAGCCACUGGACCCUUUUACAUGGCUUGCAGACUGGUUGAUGAAGAAUAACCCCAAUAAGCCCAAGAUAUCUGAUGGAGCAGUAGUAGAGGAGGCAGCAGUGUGAUUUAUUUUUUUCUUU